AUGAUCUUUGGUAUUGACUUUGCUUGGGAAAUUGUUGCUAUUGAUGGAAAUGUUGGAAGGCUUGCAAGAAGGAUACAUAAAGCACAUCUUGUUAUAUCUCCUAUUAAACAAUAUCAACGCCAAACAGGUGAUCACAUGAAUGUCAGAAACAGUACGAGUAAUGACAAUGAAAACAAUAAUAAAUCAACCAAUCUUCUUAAAAUCUCAACAUUUGACAACAAUCAAAACAAUGAAAACUUGGAUGAUCAGCAAUUUUUAUAUUCACCUACUUCAAGUGAGAAUGGUGAAUAA